AUGGGCCAUAACAUCUUGAUCACUGGUGGUUCAGGCUACCUAGGUGGCACCCUUCUGGCCGAAUGGAAAAAUGCCAACAUCUCCGGCUAUGACAAACUGUUUGCGAUGAUCAGAUCGGAUGAACAGGCGGAGGCUGUCAAAACUCUGUACUCUGCAGAGCCCGUGAAGUGCUCCCUGCAGCCCGAUGAUAUCAAGCAUUUGCUGCUCGAAAACCAAAUCAACAUUGUUUUCUAUCUUAUCGAUGCUUACAAGGCAGAAUCUCAAGUUCCAUUCAUCCAAGCAUUGUCGGAAGUGAAAAAUCAAACCGGUCAAGAAGUUCAUUUUAUCUAUACAACGGGAACAAAGCAUUUCUCGUAUAUGGCAGGCCUCGACGCCAACACGCCUCUCCCUGAUACCGAGCCAUCUAUCUAUGACAUUCAAAAAGACCAAACCAGAAAGUCCCAGCAAAACCCCCAGGGCUCCAACGAAGCACUAGAAGCCUGCCUAAAUACCAAUACGCGUGCAAUCGAAGCCGGUGAGAAGUAUGGUGUCAAAGUUUACAUUUUCUCUCCUUGUAUUGUGUGUAAGUCUUCUAAGUACUCUUUGCUCUUGGAUAUACCUACGGAUCAAUAG